GGACAACGACGGCGGCCGAGAGGCGGAAGUGGAGGUGGUUGUGGCUCAGAGGGUUGUUCGCGGAGGUGCUGCUGCUGCUGAGGCGGUGGCGGCGGCGCUGAGGCGGUGGCGGCACUGCCCGCCCCGGGCCUCUCUGCUCUAGGCUCGCCUCCCAGCCUCGCCUGAGCCCGCCGGGGCCUUCGCCGGCCAGCGGCUGCCCUAUGAGUGUGUCACUGGUUGUCAUCCGCCUGGAGCUCGCAGAACACUCGCCGGUCCCCGCCGGCUUCGGCUUCAGCGCUGCGGUCGGGGAAAUGUCUGAUGAGGAGAUCCAAAAGAAGACACUAGCUUCAGCUAUAGCCUGUUUAGAAGGGAAGUCACCAGGGGAGAAAGCAGCAAUCAUACAUCAGCAUCUCGGUCGUCGAGAAAUGACAGAUGUGAUCAUUGAGACCAUGAAGGCCAACCCAGAUGAGCCAGAAGCUACAGUGGAAGAAAGGAAAUCUUCAGAAGCAUCCCCCACUGCACAGAGAAGUAAAGAUCCAAGUAAAGAAGGUGUAAAUGCUGCUCCUGAUUCUCCAUCCAAGCAGCUUCCAGAUCAGAUUUCCUUCUUCAGUGGAAACCCCUCAGUUGAAAUAGUUCACGGUAUUAUGCAUCUAUACAAGACAAAUAAGAUGACCUCCUUAAAAGAAGAUGUGAGGCGUAGUGCCAUGCUGUGUAUUCUCACAGUCCCUGCUACAAUGACCAGUCAUGACCUUAUGAAGUUUGUCGCCCCAUUUAAUGAAGUAAUUGAACAAAUGAAAAUCAUCAGAGACUCUACUCCAAAUCAAUAUAUGGUGCUGAUAAAGUUUAGUGCACAGGCUGAUGCAGAUAGUUUUUACAUGGCAUGCAAUGGCCGCCAGUUCAACUCAAUAGAAGAUGAUGUUUGCCAGCUGGUCUAUGUGGAGAGGGCAGAAGUGUUGAAAUCUGAGGAUGGUGCCAGCCUCCCUGUGAUGGACCUGACAGAGCUGCCCAAGUGCACAGUGUGUCUGGAGCGCAUGGACGAGUCCGUGAACGGCAUCCUCACCACCUUAUGUAACCACAGCUUCCACAGCCAGUGUCUGCAGCGCUGGGACGACACGACAUGUCCUGUUUGCCGAUAUUGUCAAACGCCAGAGCCAGUAGAAGAAAAUAAGUGUUUUGAGUGUGGUGUUCAGGAAAACCUUUGGAUUUGUUUAAUAUGUGGCCACAUAGGAUGUGGACGAUAUGUGAGUCGACAUGCCUAUAAGCACUUUGAGGAGACCCAACACACGUAUGCCAUGCAGCUCACCAACCAUCGAGUCUGGGACUAUGCUGGAGAUAAUUAUGUCCAUCGACUGGUUGCAAGUAAAACAGAUGGAAAGCUGGUACAGUAUGAAUGUGAAGGUGAUACUUGCCAGGAGGAGAAAAUAGAUGCCUUACAGUUAGAGUAUUCGUAUUUACUAACAAGCCAGCUGGAGUCACAACGAAUCUACUGGGAAAACAAGAUAGUCCGGAUAGAGAAGGACACAGCAGAGGAAAUUAACAACAUGAAGACCAAAUUUAAAGAAACAAUUGAGAAAUGUGAUAAUCUAGAGCACAGACUAAAUGAUCUCCUGAAAGAAAAGCAGUCUGUGGAAAGAAAGUGCACUCAGCUAAACACUAAAGUGGCCAAACUCACCACGGAGCUCAAAGAGGAGCAGGAAAUGAACAAGUGUUUGCGAGCCAAUCAAGUCCUCCUGCAGAACAAGCUAAAGGAGGAGGAGAGGGUAUUAAAAGAGACCUGUGACCAGAAGGACCUGCAGAUCACCGAGAUCCAGGAGCAGCUGCGGGAUGUCAUGUUCUACCUGGAAACGCAGCAGAAAAUCAACCACCUGCCGGCUGAGACCCGGCAGGAAAUCCAGGAGGGACAGAUCAACAUCGCCAUGGCCUCAGCCUCCAGCCCCCCAUCUUCUGGGGGCAGUGGGAAGCUGUCCUCCAGGAAGGGCCGCAGCAAGAGGGGCAAGUGAUCUUCAGAGAGGUGCACUUCCCCAGGACUGUUCUCCCUGGCACAGCGAGGGCGUGCUGGGGCCUUCAGCUAACUGUGAGGGUGGACCCUGAAUAAGUAUAAGUCAGGAUCAAGCCACAGUUGUUUGGAUCUUUCAUUUGCUAGCGUGUGGUGUAACGACCAUAGAAGGCUGACGACCAGGAGAGCUGAGGGAAACAGGCAGUGUUUUCAAAGGUGGCUGCUUUUCUCAACCAUGAUAGUUCACUAACCUCAGACGUUCUGAUGACCAUUUUGCCUUCCUACUUGAUAGAUGCCCCAACGCUGCUGUGCAUUUUUCCGUUGUAUUUAUUGAGUUGGUGUAUUUGACUUCCAGUUCUGGGGUCAGUUUAAGAGCUCGGAUUUUUUUGUGUCCCCUGAAAGGUAAUGUUACCUCGCUCUAAGGCACCAAACUUGCCAGAAGUCACAGCAGUUGCUUGAGAGAGAGGCUCCCGUUGGCCACUAAGGAUUUAUGAAAACGCCCUAGCAUUAGUCUCAUAUCAUUGGCAUCACUCCUUGCCUCUGGGGAAUUGAAGAAAUGGUUAAAUGUUAAAUGAAAAGAGGCUAGGUGUGUAAACCCAGCACUGGCUUGUCACCAGCAGCCAUCUCCUCUUGCUCUAGGCCUCACCAGGAAAAACAAACAGCCCCCGGGCAUACUGAGUGGACCCAGUGUAGGAAAACUGGUGACGUCCCCACUUUGUUUAUUUUUGAUGCCUCCACAGCUCAUUAUGAACCUCAGAGAAGGAGGCUUAAUUUUUGCUCUAAGAUUCAAAUCUCAGUGGAUUUCCUAGCAUCCAGCAAGAAGAAGCAGGCAGAUUUAUCAUCCAUGUGAAAAGGUAUGAGCAAGGCCACUGACUGGCUGACUGUAUUUUGUUGGGAUCAGUAUUUCCUGAGUGUUUACAGAAAAUUGGGCUACGUGUUUCGAUUGUGACUAGAGGAGCUUAGGCAGAUCUGCAGUUACGCUUUCAAGAUAUAUCCAAAAGGCUGUUGCUAAAUUCAAAAAUUAGAAUUUUAACAGAGGCCCCUUUAAAACAGUCAUGUAAUGCUUAUAUGGGCCAACAGAGGGUCUGUGUACUUUUUCUAGAAACAGAAAUGUCCAAAAAAAACCCUCGCAAUAUGUGGUAAUUAAGCAAAAUUAAAGUAAGACCCGUGUUGGAAUUUAGCUUCCAAAAGAGGUAGCUAUAUAGGUUAACAAGACACACUGUUAAAUGAUGGGUUUUCUUUUCUGUUUUUAUAAUUAGACAAAGUUUUCAAAUGAUCACACUUCAGACCUGGUUUUUAGCCUAUGAUUAGGCCUCAUCCUCCAAAAGUCUUCCGUGUCACCUCUUCACACACCAACUGUAUGGCUAAUCACGAUGCAUUUCUGUGGGGUCUGCCACAGCAUUUCCCAAAGAACCUUCUCUGUAACUCUGCAACAUGAAUGUACUCAGACAUUCUCAAUUCUUUCUUAGGGCAAACCAAUUCCACAAGUCCCCCUUGGACUUAUAUAUAUAUAUACAGGUAUCUUAAAGCAAAAGUGGGAAUGGGAAGCUAACCUAAUUCUCUUUCCUAUAGAGAUUCUAUUUUAUUUAAAAUCUAUUUUUACACUAGUUAGAAUCCUGCUUUUUUGGCCAAGUACUUGUUGUGCAUGUCUGACCUUGCAGAAGCUGGGGUGGAUCGUAGCAUACUAAUUAAGAGAAUUAGAAGUAGUUGACAAAGCUUGCUUGCUCCUCUUUUCUCUGUGAUCACCUCUUGUCAAGCAGCUCUGCCACCACUGGGAGAACAGAGAUUUUUCUCAGUACAGGUGAGAUAAACACUCUGAAAGGCUGUGCCCAGAGGAAGGAGCAAAUAGGCAAAUGUUUCCAAACUACUUGAAGGUUUAAAAAAAAAUGUUCCAGAAAAAAAUCUUGUCAAGCUAUGUAAAGAAAAUGUUUAAAAAAAAAAACAAAAAAACAGUCAACGAGUCAUGUUUGAAUUUGACAAAAUUACAUAAGGUAGAAACUCUUAGUGUUUUCUGCAGGAUGAAAAUGAACCACUUAACAUAUCCAUACUACCUUGAACAGUGAAAUUGCAUUAAAAUAACCAAACUUUGAAAUGA